UUAAAUAGUUAACCUAAACAACUCGCUCCAAAAACGCCUAAUCUGUCGUGUAGCUGCAAGCAAAGGAAAAACGACGGCAGUUUCUCUCCUCGCAGCCCUGUCCAUACGACGUCGGUAACCAGGAAACAAGGUGUCGUCCCUUACGUGCGGGGAUUUCACUUGUCUGAGUUGCACUAUUUCACGAUGAGAAAUUGGGAACUAUGCACAGUCGGUCAGUUAUGGCCCAAGGAGUAUCGAGCCCAGCUGUAGAACCCCUGAUGUUGCGCGAGCUGUCAUGCAAUUUGCUCCCUUCAGCUAAGCAUGAGUAAAGACGAGCUUGGGGAACAGCCUUUACCUGAGAAUUCAGGAGAGGAGGAGGAGGAGGGGGAGGAUGGAGAAGAUGAGGAGUCAGAGGAGGACGAGGAGCCCAAAGUGUGCCAGGUGUGUGGGGAUCGAGCGACGGGCUACCAUUUUAACGCCAUGACCUGUGAGGGCUGUAAGGGCUUCUUCAGGCGCGCCAUGAAGAGACCUGUUAAGUUUCGCUGCCCAUUCCAGAACACCUGUGUCAUCACCAAGAGUAACAGACGCCAGUGUCAGGCCUGCCGCUUACAAAAGUGCCUCUCCAUAGGCAUGCUGAAGGAGUUGAUCAUGUCGGACGAGGCGGUGGAAAAGCGCAGGUUGCAGAUCAAGAGGAAGAAGAUGCAGGACGAGCCCGUCCUUCUGUCCCCGCAGCAAGAAGCUCUCAUCGAAGAACUCCUCGCCGCACAAAACAAAACUUUCGACAGAAGCUGCUCCAAGUUCAGUCAGUUUCGGCCGAUAGAUCGGACUGUGAACCCCAUGUUCCAGUAUGCGGAGGAGCCAGGCAGCAUCUACUCCUUCUCUUCCUCCUGCUCUCAGGACAGUGAGGAGAUGGAGGAGGACAAGUCAAGCAGAACAUCGGGAAAGCUCUUCACCACGUUACCCCACGUCACCGACCUCAACACCUACAUGAUUCAGAACGUCAUCAAUUACGCCAAGGUGCUUUCGUCAUUCAGGUCCCUAACCAUAGAGGACCAGAUCUCUCUCCUAAAGGGCGCCACCUUCGAGAUUGUCCAAAUCCGUUUCAACAUGCUCUUCAACGAGACCACGGGCAUCUGGGAGUGCGGCCCGAUUCACUACUGCAUGGAUGACGCGGUGCGCGCGGGUUUUCAGCGCCACCUACUGGACCCUUUAAUGAAGUUUCACUACACACUACGCAGACUCCAUCUACACGACGUGGAAUACGUGCUAAUGCAGGCAAUUUCACUGUUCUCGCCAGAUCGACCGGGUGUGACGCAUCACAAAGAGAUCGAUCACCAACAGGAGAUAUUGGCUAUCACUCUGAAGACCUAUAUCGAGGCAAAGAGGGCGGAGCCGGAAAAACAUCUGCUGUUUCCAAAGAUCAUGGCGUGCCUGACAGAGAUGAGGACCAUGAACGAGGAGUACACUAAACAGGUGCUCCAGAUCCAGGACAUUCAGCCUGAGGUGUCCCCUCUCAUGCUGGAGGUAGUCAGCAAGGACAGCUAACCCACCAGCACUGGUGUCCAGUAUCUACACCAUCUUAACAGUUGAAUCAGCCUCACUCAGGGGCUUUCAGGUCUCCACACUCUCUGUCUAUGGCUCACACGCUUGGGACAUCAAGACCUCUCAAAAAUACCACUCAGUGCCCAAACAAACCACAGUGGGAUGGAAACCACAAAAAAAAAAAAGCCUUUUUUUUUUCAGCCAGCAUCAGAAUCACAGCAUCAGAGGAGUCAAGGGCAAAGGAGCAGAACUUGAUGUUUGCGGAUGUCAGACUUCUCGGCCAUAGUACUACUGAACAAAUAUUCUUAUCUGUAGUACAUCAGGUAGAAUUUGUGACACUGUUCUUUUUUUCGUGAACUAGAAAAGCAUUUUGUGAAUUAGAAAGCCGUCUGAAUCGAGCUGUGAUAUGUUUGAGUACGCUGAACGCUCAAUUACGUUAAAAUGUAUUCUCAGCCUGUGCCGUAAAUACUCAUAAUUUGUCUUUCAGUCAAUCAGCCUCUAUUUAAAAAUCACGUUAUUACUUUUUGUACAAUAUCCAGGACGUGACACAGUCCCAUUUUAGUGAAGAUGUAAAAAUGAAAUUAUUUACAGCUAAACCACCUCCGAACCUUACCGUACCCUGUGACCUUACUGAAUGACUAGAAUGUAACUGAUAGGUUUAUGAGUGUUAUUAAUGUCUAGCAGACAUGCUGAAACCAUCAGCCGCAGAUGUAUUUUGCAAUUUGUGUCUUUGUUAGCCAAUCAGGGUAAAUACUACAAACCUUUGAGUUUUUUGUUUGUUUGUUUGUUUGUUUGUUUUGAGAAAGAAAAAAUUUAAAAAAUCUGAGUAAUAUAAACAAGUCAUUCUACGGACCUUUUUUUAUUUUUUGGUUUGUUUGGGGUUUUUUUUGUGCUGUCUUCAUUCCCAGACGUGAAUUACUUUUCACUUUUUCUUCUGCUUGAUCCCAGGGAUGGAUAUGCUUUCUUUCUUGAUUCUCCCACUUCACACACAGGAAUUCAUAGAGCAAAAAUAACAUAGACUGCAUUUUAAGAAGGAUCCUCUCCUGUGUUACAGACAGUUAACUUUUACCGAACCUCUGAAGGAAGUUUGGCCUUCUUUCGAUGUGCCACAAACUUAGGGUGGGUUAAUGCUCAUUUUUCAGACACACAUUACUGCCUCAUGAAGAAAAGGAGAGCUUUGGACUUUCAUGUUGUCUCAGUUCUGGAAUGUCUGUUUUCUGGGAAAUUCUCUUAUGGGUGAAUUGAAGAAACUGAUAAAAAAGGAGGUGGCUCUCGUGUUAUUCAGUGUCAUACAUUAGGAUUGCAGUUGAAUGAUGAUACUGGACACGUUGAUUGUAUCAGUGACAUACCUCAGAGUCAGACAUCAAGAACACAUGUAGGGUAGUGUGUUCAGGUGAAACAGAAAAUGCAUGUAUUUCAGAAGAGGAAACAUUCUGAAUAAAAUAAAAAAAAACAAAACAAAAAAAACCAAUUCAGUUCCACUCUAACCUGUCACAUUGAAAUUAGCACAGCACAGAAUAGUGUGUUGACUGACUGACCUCAGAAAGUAUAAACACAACAGUAACCACUAAUGCAUACACACAGAUAGACUCACACACAGACAGACUCACACACACUCUGUGGGAGAGGUAAGGUUAUAAAUGUGUUGAAAUGAUUAAAUACUGAAAUGCAAUUUGGAAAUAAGUUAUAUAAUAUAUAUGAAAUGUUGGCCCAGAGGACGCGGGUCCUUCACUGCAGUAUUUGGGACACGCGCCUCUGUAAGACUUGUACCUGCACAUAACCCUUUUCUCACCUCGGCCACUCAGGUUUGUCUGUUUGAAUUGAAUUGUUUUUCCAUGUGGCUUUCAAUGUAAAUCUCUCUCAGGAAAAUAAGUGGAAUAUUUAUGUGGAAAAUAAAAAAAAAAUUAAAAAGCUUAAG